CCCUUCACAAUUUUGCAAUGACAAAAUAUCUGGUUCAUACUUUGAGCACCUAUCACACAAAAUUCCCAAAAGAUAGAUGAUGAUGCUCUCAAGCCGCCUUUCAAUUUCCGGCAUUACAACUCAACCCGAUUCAACACCCGCCCCUAAAAUUCCAUCCCCCAAACCCGACCCGAAGUCUCCCAGGCUAAAGCCCAGUCCACAGCUAAACCGCUGGUCACGAGCCCGGUCUAUCCGAUCAGGUCGAAAACUAGACCGCCCAAUGCAGCGCGCACCGGCUUUGCAACUAGAGUCAUUAGACAGAGAAGUGGUCGAUGAUGAGAUGGACGGCUGUGAUGUGAGCGAUGAUGGCGCGAAGUCUAUAUAUAUGGUGUCUGAUGGUACCGGGUGGACAGCGGAACAUACGAUCACGGCUGCUUUGGGUCAGUUUGACUAUUGCCUAGUUGACCGUGGAUGUCCUGUUAGUACACAUUUGUUCUCCGGGAUUGAUGAUGUCGAUCGAUUAAUGGAAAUUAUACAACAAGCAGCUAAAGUAGGUGCAAUGGUUGUCUACACUCUAGCUGACAGUUCUAUGGCUGAAUCUGCUAGACAAGCCUGCAAGCUAUGGGAAGUGCCAUGCACUGAUAUUCUGAGCCCAAUUACAGAAGCAGUUGCAACCCAUCUUGGUGUCUCACCAUCUGGUCUUCCUCGUGGAGCUCCGGGUAGGAACUCUGCUUUGAGUGAAGAUUACUUCAAAAGAAUUGAAGCUAUUGAAUUUACCAUAAAGCAAGAUGAUGGAGCCUUACCUCAGAACCUGCACAAGGCCGACAUUGUUCUUACAGGUGUUUCUCGCACUGGGAAAACUCCCCUAUCAAUUUAUCUUGCGCAAAAAGGAUACAAAGUGGCGAAUGUGCCACUUGUAAUGGGUAUAAAGGCUCCGAAGACUCUCUUUGAAAUUGAUCCAGAGAAAGUUUUUGGGUUGACAAUCAAUCCUCUUGUCCUUCAAACAAUAAGAUGGGCAAGAGCAAAGACUCUAGGCUUCCACCGAGAAGCAAAGAGUAACUAUUCAGAGAUGGAUCAUAUCAGGAAGGAGCUGGAAUAUGCUAGCACACUUUUUGCGCAAAAUCCAGUCUGGCCUGUUAUUGAAGUAACUGGAAAAGCUAUUGAAGAAACCGCAGCAGUUAUAUUGCGACUCUACCAAGACCGGAAAAACAAAUGCUCAAUGCCAAGAAUCUCAAAACGCUACUAGAGAUUCCAAGUCAUUAUGCUUUAAUCAUCACACCUUGUGAGUCCCGGAACUAGUCAGUAUAUUUCUCAUGAUGUUAGACAAGGUUGUUGUGCCAUUGUUAGUACAAGUACCUCAGGUAAAUAUGACUAUUUCAAUAUUAUAUGAUGCAUAUAUACAUACCAUAUUGAAUAAAUCUCUGCAUUAUUUUGUUGAUAAAAAAAACAUCAUUUUUUGCUACACUUCCAAAAUCGCUCAUAGUAUUACCUUAAAACCCUAUGAUUAUUGCAUCAUCAAAAGUCAUAGUAUUACUUUAGAAGCCCUAUGAAUAUUUGCAUCAUUGACAAAAACAAAUUUAAACAUUCUUCCCGUGUCCCUUGCAAAUUAAAGUAAUAUUCUUCAGCACUUGAAUUUCAGAUGUCAACAAAAGAAUAAAAAAGUCCUUCAAGGCCUUGCUACUUGAUUCUCAUCAUUUGCUCACGAGAGAGUAAUAUUUUAACUUAAUCCUGUUAUUCUAUACAAAUUCUCUGACUGGAAGAUACUGAAUGAAGGAAUAGGGGCUGGAAGAAAAUUGAAUCCAAGAGUAGUAGAUUGGUCUAGGAGAGUGGAUUUAUUACUGCUGUAGACUGUAGCCAAGUUUUAUUAAUUUUUAAGUAAAUGUACAAGUACGUCAGGUGAAUAUGACUAUAUUAGUAUAAUAUGAUGUGUAUAUAUUUCAUGUUGAAUUAAUGGUUUGCUCUGCAUUAUUUGUAAAUAAAAAAGCAUUAUUUUUUGUUACGCUUCCAACAUUGCUCAUAGUAUUACUUUAAAAGCCCUGCGGUUAUUUGCAUCAUCGACAAUCAUAGUAUAACUUAAAAAAGCCCUGUGAAUAUUUGCAUCAUUUGCCAAACAAAUUGACAGAUUCUUUCAGUGUCUCUUGCAUUUUAAUGUAAUAUUCUUGAGCACUUAUAUAUUGGAUGUCAACAAAAGAAUAAAGAGUCCUUCAAAGCCUUGCUACUAUAUUCUCAUCGUUUGCUCUGACGGGAAUAUUAUAACUCAAUCCUGUUAUUCAUUCAAACUCCCUGACUGGAGGAUAUUGGAUAUUGAAUGAAUGGAUAGGGCUGGAAAAAAAUGGAAUCCGAAAGUAAAUAAUUGGUAGAGCUAGAAGGAGGGAUUGUUAAUUGUUGUGGAAUUGUAGCUAAGUUUUAAUAAAUUGAAUGAAAAUAAAUCGUGUCUAGUGUGAUAGUCAAGUGUCAUGGAUUCAAAGCUAGGUCAUAAGUUUAAACACAAGAUAGAGACGUUUUAUGGAGAUUAAGAGCAAGUCCAGCAUAAUUAUCUGUUUCGUGCUUAUCAUUCCUUAACUUAAUAACCACCAUUUUCGACUGAGUGUGUACACACAACAUAUAAAUAAAUUCUAGGGUUUAUAAUUGGAGAAUAGAACGGGACAUGCCCAUACUUUUCCCUUUUCCCUAAUAUCCUCUUUAUCCACUCAUACUUAUAUUAAUGCAAUCCAGAAGUAGAUUUCUGAAUCAAGGUUCUUGCAAAAGAAAUACAGUGAAGGAACUUAGUUUAUGUGACGAUUUGAUCUUGCACAAACAAGUUGAGGUUAGGUUUAAUGUCAUUCAUAUAAAUAAGAUCAAAUCUAUAAAUUUAGGUGCAAGUAUUACAACAUUACAUGAAGCUAGCUUGAUGACAGUGGAUUAACUUAUGCUGUAUUUUGAAUCUGCAGGCUAAUAUCAUUAUUAUAUAUGUGAUUUUCUGUCUUUAUAUCGGGUCAGCAUACGUUCUGCUUCUAGAUGGUAUAAAUGUUGAUCCUAAUCAGAACAAUAUCUGUACUUCUUGGAGAUUUUCUUGCCUACCAAAAGAAACAAUAAAACAUCCUAAUGAUCAGAUUGGGUAUCUAUUUGAUCUUUUUAAGUGACCCUCACUGUAAAGACAGUUGUCUAGUUGAGUUUUUAAUUGGUCCCUGAGAUUGAUAUACCUGCUUUAUUGUUUUAAAGGUGAAGCAAACUGUAUCCAAAUUAUAUCGCAGUGAUCUUGUUGAUAUUAUGCAAGCUCGAGAUGAUAGUUAUGUAGCUAGUAAACAAAUUACAUGAGAUGAUGAGGUUUCAAUGAUCAUAAACAUGAUUAAAAGCUAAUCAAAAUUAACAAUUUGCGAGACAGGCUUUUGAGAGGAAUCACACAUGUUCUCUGUCAUUUCUUGUACAUCUAGAUCUUUGAUGUUCCUCUACUUUUACGUGUCAAGUUUCACAUGGAAACCACAUAAAUAAAGUGCUGAUUGGGUUGGACUGGAACAACGGCUGGAAGGAACCAAAGUUAUGAAGCACUUCGAAAGGAGUAGACUUACUUGGUCAAAUAAAGAGGAAAACAGAAAGGAAAAGGGAGUAGACUCAAACCAAAGUUGUUUCUGGUCUUUCUUGUAUAUGUACAGAAUUACGGAAAGUAAGCACAAAAUGUGUUUUUAAUCUUUUUGCAAUAAUCACCUAUGUAGAUUUCUACCUCUGUGCUGUUGUCCUGUUUACAAACUAUAUGUAAUGGCAACAUCCUAUAUGUUUUGCUUGUUUCUUUGAACUGCCACCUGCUUUUCUUCCUCGAUAUUUUUGUACACAACUAUUCCUGAGAGAAGCCGCAGCAGCCAGAUAUGCAACUGUAAUGUAUUCUCCUCUUUCUCAGCUUCAAGGUGAAUUGUAGUUUGUAUAUUGCUUUAUAACUGUAGUUAUUCCUGGGGUUUUGGUCACUGCUACUGCUCCAUGGUGUUGGCAUCGCCACCAACAUUCUUCAUUGAUAAUGUGAGGUAAAUCAGUAAUAUUGUUCCCAUGCUUGACCUGUGGCACGCGUUUAAACAAUUAUAAUAACUCCAAUGACCUGUCUUUUUGUUUCUUUCAGGUACAUUAUAUAUGUUCUGUCAUAAGAUUUUGCACGGGGAAUCUGUAUGCAGAGCCGGUGAUAAGCUUUACCACUAAG